AUGAAUCGCAGCCUUGGACCACAACGGAGACCUAUGGAUUACUCCUUUCAGCGUCAAUUUCCAGUUUGUGGCCGAUGCGGAAUUGUCCAUGGACCCAGUUGCCGUGCUCAAAUGGAGAAGUGUUACAGAUGUAAGCGUCAUGGUCACUAUGCUAGAAUGUGCAGGACUGUUCUCUCUUCCCCUGUGAGGAUGACCAUGAUGGCAAAUACUAGUGCACCAAUCCAAGAGCAACGUUCCGGUAGACGAAAGUCCAGAGACAAAGUUCGUAUGGAUAAAUACCUACAAAGCAAAUCUCAUCUCCGCGAACUGCCUUUCUAUAAUCUAAGGAAUACAGCGUUCAAGAACACCCUCAACAUCCAUCAUGGACUGAAAACAGAAAAUCAACAGUUACGUUUCAAAGUGAAAGAAAUGGAAAUAAUGUAUGCUGAAGCAGUAAAUGUGAUUAUUAACCUGGAAGAAAAAUUUAAUAAACUUUCAACGAUACAGCCAUCUGAAUCUCACUCAUCUAUCUGCAAUACCGCCGAAGAUAAACUUAUCAUUUCAAACUUACAACAAGAAGUUCAGACUCUACGGCUUGAAAAGUCAUCUCACAAACAGCUAGUAGAUUCAAUUAGUGCUAACGUCCAAGAAGAAUGGAGAGAAAACAAAGCAAGACUUCAAGAAAGGGACAACACCAUUCUGACCCUGAAAACCGAAAACAUUCAACUCUUGAACAACCAGGAAUUGACUGGUGACGAUCAACUUGAUGUCCCGGUCCUUGAUCCCGAGUCAGAUUUAGAAAAUGAGGCCGAAAGUCAAAGGGUAGAUUUACCGGGAGGAGAACGGAAGCCAACCAACAUCCGACCUCAUGAUAAAGAGGAACAACUCGAGGACAACCACGACAAACAUCCACGUAACCUAGACAGGAACAAACAUCCACGUAACCCAGACAGGAAAGGGGAAAAUGACGAGAAGAGAAAUCUGCAUUCAAAGAGAAUAUUUCAGGAUACUGCACGAUUUUGGCCAAACGGAAGGAUUCCAUACUGGAUUGACGAGGCAACUUAUACCGACAGUGGGUCCCUUGAGAAUCUGAGAACCUUGAUUAAAGAUUCCAUUAAUCAGCUGGAUAACUUUACGUGUGUAAGAUGGAUAGAGAGAACGACGGAAACAGACUACGUCCGGAUCGUCAAUGGCGAUUCAUGCUACUCCUAUGUUGGCGUAGUUGGUGGUGCUCAAAAUCUUUCGAUUGAGGCUCCUGGUUGUAUGACGGUACACACGGUCUUGCAUGAAUUCUUGCAUGCAAUGGGGGGAAGUCACGAACAGUCCCGUAGUGACAGAGCUAGCAUGACGUCAAUGAUUUGGAAUAAGAUUGAUUCUAAAAAUAUGUACAAUUUUGUAAUGGAAAACACCAAAAACGCACUUCCUUACGAUUAUAAAUCGCUGAUGCAGUACGAACUUGAUUCAUUUGGUAAAAAUAGAGAAAAUUCCAUGUCUAUCCCGGAUAUGAGUUUUGAAUACCUGAUUACAAAUAAGAAAGACCAUCUCAGCCUUUACGACAUAGGCGAAAUCAACAGCGCCUAUAGAUGUACUGCUGAUUGUUUCAAUCAAUGUGAAAAUGGAGGCGUGCUCACAAAAGAAAACGGCCAGUGCAGAUGUAAAUGUCCGUCCGGUUUGAAGGGGGAAGACUGCUCUGAAUUAGACACAAGUGACGGUUGUGGCGGCUUCAUACAACUCGGCUUAGGAGAAGCGUAUACAAUCAACAUGGAUUCUUAUAACUCAGGGGUUAUUUGCACUUGGGUUGUCAAGGGAACAAUGGGAUCUCGUAUAACAGCUAUGGUUGAUUUUAUGGAUCUACCAUUCAACGAAUUCUACGAUUGCUACCAUUGGCUGGAGUUCCGGGACUAUCUUAUAGGCGAUAAUGGCAAAGA